AUAAGAGAGACAAAUCUUCUGAAAAAUUAGGAGCCCCUCACUUUGGCUCUUAUCCCAUAAUCCCAUAUCACUCUUGUCUUUGUCUGAGAUGGGUUGAUUAUAUUUUUCCCGUUGGCCCUUUUGAAUCUGCAAGCACUGUAGCACAUCCCUGCUUCUGCCUGCAGUAGUAGUCUGCAUUCUGCAAUACCCAAAGUGCUAUGACCCAUAUGGAAGAAUCGAGGAAAGUGAAGUCUUUUUCUAGAGUAACUAUAAGGAGUGAAGUAGAUGCUGUUACCAAUGGACGUGUUCAAUCGCUACCAAUCAAGGAAACUUGUCCAGAUGAUAAGGAUCGAUUGCGUUUAGAUUCAAAGUCAUUAGAUUCAUUGAGCCAGCCCCAUUGCCUUGUAUGCAUGAAUAGAGAUAGCUGCCGAAUUGUGCGUUCAAGGACAAAACUAAUGAACACUUUGAUAGAGAGAGGGAAACCGCAGGAAGUCCAGUCCAUUUUUAAUGCUUUGAUUGAAGAAGGACACAGACCAUCAUUGAUAUCCUACACAACACUCCUGGCUGCCUUGACAUCCCAGAAGCGCUUUGAGUCCAUUCAUUUGGUUAUAUCACAGGUGGAACAGAAUGGUAUGAAGCCUGAUUCUAUAUUUUUCAAUGCUGUUAUUAAUGCUUUUUCUGAAGCUGGGAAAAUGGAGGAAGCAAUGGACACGGUUAGGAAGAUGAAGGAGAGUGGAUUGAAACCCACUACUAGCACUUAUAAUACAUUAAUUAAAGGGUAUGGGAUUUCGGGUAAGCCUGAAGAGUCUAUGAAACUGCUUGACAUGAUGUCCAGCGAGGAAAAUGUGACACCAAAUAUUAGGACCUUUAAUGUACUAGUCAGAGCAUGGUGUAAGAAGAAGAACAUUAUGGAGGCAUGGAAUGUGGUGCAUAAGAUUGUAGCUUCUGGGUUGCAACCAGAUGGUGUAACUUACAACACAUUAGCAACAGCAUAUGCUCAAAACGGAGAGACAUGUCAGGCCGAAGCAUUGAUUGUUGAGAUGCAGAACAAUAGAGUGCAACCAAAUGAUAGGACUUGUGGUAUCAUUAUUGGUGGGUAUUGUAAAGAAGGUAAACUGAAGGAGGCCUUAAGGUUUAUGCACAGGAAAGAUCUUGGACUGCGUCCUAAUGUUGUUGUCUUCAAUUCACUUAUUAAGGGUUUUGUUGACACCAUGGAUAGAGAUGGGGUUGAUCAGGUCCUGAAGUUGAUGGAAGAUUUCGGGGUAAAACCGGAUGUCAUAACAUUUAGCACUAUCAUGAAUGCAUGGAGCUCAGCAGGAUUUAUGGAGAAGUGUAAGGAAGUCUUCGAUGACAUGGUGAAGGCUGGCAUAAAACCUGAUGUCCAUGUGUACAGUAUUCUUGCUAAAGGUUAUGUUCGAGCUCAAGAAGUAGAGAAAGCCGAAGAGCUAUUGACAGCCAUGAUUAAAGCAGGAGUCCAUCCAAACGUUGUGAUAUUCACAACCAUCAUGAGUGGAUGGUGCAGUUCUGGCAGAAUGGAACAUGCAAUCAAAGUUUUUGAUAAAAUGUGUGAAUAUAGCAUUUCUCCCAACUUGAAGACAUUUGAGACCCUGAUAUGGGGAUUUGGAGAAGCAAAGCUGCCGUGGAAAGCUGAAGAAAUACUCCAGAUCAUGAAGGAGUUUCGUGUUCAGCCAGAGAAAUCUACAGUCUUGCUUGUUGCAGAUGCUUGGCGUUCAAUUGGAUUAACAAAAGAAGCACAUCGGAUACUGGGUGUUCUGAAAACUAAAGUCAAGACCAACCAGGUGAAAACAGAAGAAAUGACCUUCGAGAGCUUGGAGAAAAUUUAUCAAAAGAAAUCUGCUAGUGCCUAUCAGCCCAAUAUUCUACAGAUACCACCAGUAACAAAUGAUCAAGGGCCAACUUCAGCAACUAGGAAAGGAACAAUGAUGAUGAGAGAUGGUGAUUUUUCAUCAGCAGUAUCAUCAUUUGCUGCGAAAUCUAUGAAUCUGUCUCAUACUUGUGGAUUUGGGGAAAGAUUGCCGAUCAUAUGCCAGAAGCAGUCUCGUGGGCAGCUUGGUGUGUAUGGUCAGUUUGGACAGUCAUGUACAGUUGGGUUCUUGAACUGAAGGAGAGAUUCUGCUUUGGAUUUAACACGGUUUAUAAAGUCUUCACGAAGUUUCAGCAUAUUAUUGUUGUAAAUACUAAAUACUGAAAACAUCUAUAUGCUUUUUCAUGAACA